AUGUUUGAAAACUGGAAAAAAUCCGUUGAAACGAAGAACAUACAAGAAAAUAAAGGAGAUCAAAAACCUGAUAGUACUGGAGAUGAAAAAUCUGAUCAAAUAAGAUGGGCAGUCCCAUGGUUUAAAGGAAAACAAGAAAAAACUGUCAAAAUAAAAAUAAUUCCUAAAGUUAAUAAAGUAGUAACGUUUAAUGAGAAACACAAAGUUACUUUAACUGAUAAUGACACACCUAAUAAGAAGAUACUUUCUGUGGUUGAACAUAAAGAGAACAAUCUGAAAUUACCCCCAUAUUAUAAAGGAAGUAAUAUGUUCAUGCCGACAGGACAAAGGUUAUACUGGCUCGGGGAAGCACGACCAUCAUCUUAUGGCCCGGCAUCGUACCAGGAUUUCAAGGAGAUCAAAUCCAGUUGUCUCGCCGAAGGAAGACUAUUUGAGGAUCCAGAGUUUCCAGCAACUGACCGGAGUCUGUACUUCAAGGAGAGGUUGGACCGCCCCAUCACUUGGUUGAGACCUGGGGAAAUCGCAAACGAUCCACAACUCUUCGUGGAGGGAUACAGCCGAUUUGACGUGCAACAAGGAGAGCUUGGGGAUUGCUGGCUUUUGGCUGCCGUCGCCAAUCUCACGCUGUAUAGGAAACUCUUCUUCCAAGUUGUUCCAGAUGAUCAGAGCUUCGACGAAGAGUACGCUGGCGUUUUUCAUUUUCGUUUCUGGCAGUACGGCCGCUGGGUGGACGUGGUGAUAGAUGACCGUCUACCAACGUACAGAGGGAAACUGGUCUUCUUACAUUCUUCGGAGACCAAUGAGUUCUGGAGCGCUUUGCUGGAGAAGGCGUAUGCCAAGCUCCAUGGAUCGUACGAGGCCCUCAAAGGCGGCUCCACGUGCGAAGCUAUGGAGGACUUCACGGGUGGAGUCACGGAGAUGUAUGAGAUGAAUGAUCCGCCACCGAAUCUCUAUACUAUACUGUUGAAAGCCUAUGAACGGAAUUCCCUUAUGGGGUGCAGUAUUGAGCCGGAUCCAAAUGUCCUGGAAGCGGAAACGCCAGUUGGUCUUAUCCGGGGUCACGCGUACUCUGUGACCCGGGUGAAAUAUGUGGAUAUAGAGACCCCGGGGAGGUCUGGAAAGAUUCCCUUACUGCGUCUGCGCAACCCGUGGGGAAAUGAGGCAGAAUGGAACGGACCCUGGAGUGAUAAGUCACCAGAAUGGCGUUUCAUACCCGAAUCGGAGAAAGAAGAGUUGGGCCUAACGUUUGACGAUGAUGGUGAAUUCUGGAUGGCUUUCAAGGACUUUUGUCAGCACUUUGACCGCCUGGAAAUAUGCAACUUGAAUCCCGAUUCUCUGGACCCAGCCGAGUGCCCCGAAGGCUGUACCAAGAAAUGGGAAAUGUCCGUGUUUGAGGGGGAGUGGGUUCGAGGUGUAACGGCUGGUGGUUGCAGGAAUUAUCUGGAGUCGUUUUGGAAGAACCCACAAUAUACGGUCACUUUGAAGGACCCAGAUGAGGAUGACGAAGAAAAUAAAUGUACUAUAAUCGUAGCCCUCAUGCAGAAGAACCGUCGGUCCCAGCGGCACCAGGGACUCGAGUGCCUCACCAUCGGAUUCGCCGUCUACCGUCUCCCGGACUACGGACACGUGCCCAAGCCCCUCGACGUCAACUUCUUCAAAUAUAAUGCUUCUGUUGGACGCUCGCAGGCGUUUAUCAAUCUGCGUGAAGUUAGCGCUAGAUUUAAAUUGGAACAAGGCCGAUACGUCAUAGUUCCGUCCACCUUCGAACCGAACGAUGAGGGAGAAUUCCUUCUUCGAGUCUUCUCUGAGAAGGACAACAAUAUGACUGAGAAUGACGAAGAUGUUGGCAUGGGAGAAGUUGAUGAUCGGGUGAAAGACGUCCUUCCCUCUCAACCGGAGCCAGCUGAUCCCGUGAGGCAGUUCUUUGACCGUCUCGCUGGAGAUGACGGAGAAGUAGACUGGCAGGAGCUGAAGGAGAUCCUGGAUUACGCCAUGAGAGAGGAAAUGGCAAUGCGUCACGGCGCUGCAUACGAUGGCGGAGGGAGUCCCCAAGAGCAGAGUUGCCUAGAGCAGUUGCUCUGUGCACUCUGCGCACCCAUUUGCAAGGAGAUCGGGGUCGAUUUGCAACAAGUAGCCCAACAGAAUCAGGAACAGGUGCAUUUGAAUCAGCCACAGUCGCAAGAACUCCGCGGUCAGGGUUUCUCGAAGGAUGUAUGUAGGAGUAUGAUCGCGAUGCUCGAUAAAGACAACUCGGGAGGACUCGGCUUUGAAGAGUUCAAAUCGCUUUGGAUCGACUUGCGACAGUGGAGGGCGGUGUUCCGUCUUUACGACACUGAGGGUCGUAGCGCAAUACCAGCCCAGCAUUUAAGGGACGCCCUGCACUCUGCCGGAUAUACGGUCAACGCGCACGUCCUUAAUGUUUUGGCUCACAGAUACGGAACAAGUGAUGGCUACAUUCAGUUCGAUGAUUUCAUUAUGUGCGCUGUGCGACUCAAAACUAUGAUUGAAACCUUCAAAGGAAGAUCUUCGGGGGGCGAAUACGCUACGUUUUCCCUAGACGAAUGGUUGAAUCGCACAGUCUACUCAUAG